UAUAAUUGUGAUUUUCUAUUUAUACUCAGAUAUUUUAAAUUUAGUUAUAAUUAAUAAAACGAAAAAUAUCAAAUUAAAAUUAUUAAGUAGUAAUAAAAAAAUAAAAUGAUUUAAGAAUAAAAUUAGAAUAUCGAUCCUGAAUUAGAUGAAAUUUAGUUUGAUGAUUAUGUUAAAAAAGCAUAAAAUACUCACACCUAAAACAAUUAAUUAAAAACACAUGUAAAAAAUUUAGAAGAUGCUUUAAAAAAUAUGAAUUAAUAAUAAGCAACAGAAUAAUAAGCAGCAUAGAGCUCUCCUAAAGUUGCAAAAACUCUUUGUCUUGGUUUAUGCUAUUUAAUUAUUAAAAUAGUAUUUGCAACAGGCUCUUCUAUUACUUUUGGUGUUUUAUUUUAUAUAUUCUAAAAAUAUGAUGAACAUAACGACUACUGCGAAAACGAAACUCUCAAAAAAUGGGCCUUAUCUAUAAGCAUUUUAUUUUUUAUAAACAGUGGUUUAUUCUUUUUAGAAUUUUUAGAGGAGAUCUUUCUCAAAUAAGAAUACAAUGAAAAAGGCCCUUUGGGCAUUUUAUUGUAUCCUUUAAAAUCUUUAGUUGGAAUUGGCUUUUUUACUUGUUUAAUUGGACUUCAAAUAAAUAAUUCAAGUGAAUGUGGUUCUCUAUACAAGGUUACUUUAGCUUACUGUAUAAUAACUUAUAUAGGUUUUGGAAUAUUAGGAUUGGCCUUAAUAUUCAUGUGCUUAGCAUUUAUAAUUAGAAAAAUAAGUGGAUGA